CGGUGGGUCCUUUUUUUUUAAUUAUUUUAAUGGUUUCCUCUGGACUGGGCCUUGUCAUAUAUUGGCGCUGCUCUGCACUGGGCAUCCUCUCACCUCUUAUGAGUUAUGACAGUGACGUGGGCUUUACUCGUCAUUAUUGAUGAUUUUUGAUUACUGAAUAUUGAUCUGAAGUUGAAGCCCAUCUCCAUCUCCAUCUCCAUCUCAUGGUGAAGAAAGGGUUCGUUCGUUCGUUCGUUCGUUCAUCCAUCCCAUUUCCCGUUCCCCUGCCCGCCCUGCUCUGUGUUCUGGGACUGGACUGGAGCAGUGCAGUGUGGUGGUGCUGCUGAUGUCACAGCGUCGCCUCUCCCUCAUCUCUGCUUCUGUUCGCAGAAUCUUCGAGCCCAACUCUCUUUCACCCGCACUGCCACUGCCCCAUCCCAGGUCGCAGUUUCUGUGUGGAGCCGCUUCCGUGCUGCGUCUAAAGUAUGGCCUUGCCGGUGUCUCUAACCCCACUGUCCAAGCUUCGCGAUCAUAUGCACGUGAUGGACGGAAGCCUUACGAUCUGUUCAGUAAUGGUAGACCUGGCGAUGAAGAAUUCAGAAAAGCCUGGAAGAAUGAGAUGGAGGAAGAUGUGACCCUAUGGACAGGAAGCGAGGAUGAGAGCGAUAAUGAUGAAAAGGGCCGUAGUGACCACCUAGAAGAAGAGAUUCGGAAGGCGAGACAGCAGGCAAAGGAACAUUCGGACCUUAUCAAUGCCGAUGACAGUGAUGAACUUAGAAGUGUCUGGUCAGGAAGCGAUGAGGAGAAGACUCUCUGGACUGGGAGCGAGGGUGACGACGACGAUGAUAUUCCUACGGAAGCCUACCCCAAUGAAAGCAGCGAUAAGUACAUAGAUAGGUUAUUCGAGUUCGAUGAGAAACCAAAGUAUAGAACAAUCUCGGAGUUGCUAAAGACUGAGAACGAACCGGAGGAAUUGUCUCCUGGGAAGCAAGCCAGGAAGCUAGCAGUCGAGAAUGCCCUGAAGAAAUUAAAGAAGGGGCCUGAUGGGCGAUAUAUUAACGUGUGGGAGGUUAUGAGCGAUUUGGAUAUCCUCAUAGGGGCAUUUGAGAACAUUGUUUCGGGGCCCGAGUAUGAGGAGCUGAGGAAGGGCGGCCCCAAGAGAUUGAACAUGGAGUUUUUCAAGGAUAUACAGGCAAAGAUGAGGGACCCCAAUUACCAGUUCUCCCCUGAGCUGAACCUGAAGCCGAAGAGUAAACUGGUGCCAAAGAAGAAGUGGCAGAAGGCACAGUCGCGACGGAGGAAAGCGCGGAACCGAUGAGUAGUCUCUAGAACUGGAAGUUGAAGUACCGGUACGUGUUUCGAAUUAUUAGAGUUAUGACCUGGAUAGAGAUACGUUUGUGUAUUCAUAAUUAAUCAGUGGACCAGAUCAAUUUUCGAAUCUGCUCUGUUGUAACUGCCAUUGCAGAGCCAAUUCCCUCUCACGAAGUGUCAUACGGAAUUUCAAUUAGACGUACGUGAAGGAACAUCUCAUCAGCUCAUUUGCGAGCACAUUAAUAAACUCUGCCGGCCCUUUAUGGACCUUUGCAGGGUUUGAUGAA